ACUGCGGGAAAUCAAUUUGACAGAAAAGUUUUCGCUAGAUCGGGCGAAAACUUCUGUAUCUGUUUAGCUACCGUUGUUACCGUUGCCGCUAAGAUAAUAAGUAACUGUUAAUGUCUGAAUUCGGAAAUCAUUUUAAUGUUGCUACGUCUCUCAACUGGGCGUGUGAUGCUUGUCGUCUUCCUUAUAAUAUUUGAGCGUGAAAUGCAGUAAGUCAAAGUUGCUUUAUUGUAGUACUUGUGAUGUUUAGAGAUUUUUAAACUGGACCGCUCCGGGAGAAGAGGAGAGUACACAGGUGAUUCCUGCGAAACUUCGGUAAAGGCACUGAGCGUGCUCGGACUAUGCCUCACUCUGGCUGGUGAGGAGAUGUACAGCGUCGGCCCCACCCUGCCUAAGCCAAGCCCCGCCCUGCUGCAGUGAGGCCGUGCCCAUGAGCUGAGCUCAGAGGAGAGCAGUGCCACCAUGUCACAGAAGAUACCAUCACCAACCCGCAGCACCAGCAGCUGCUCCUCCAAACACGACAGCCGACAGGACAGCUGGGAGAUCGUGGAGGGUCUGCGGGGGGGACUCACUAAUGUGCAGGAGCCUCAGAAGCAUGAGGGGUUUCUGCUGAAGAAGAGGAAAUGGCCCAUGAAGGGCUGGCACAAGAGAUACUUCUUCCUGGACAAGGGCAUCCUGAAAUAUGCAAAGAGCGGCCCUGACAUUGAGAAGGGAAAGCUUCAUGGCUGCAUUGACGUGGGUCUGUCCGUCAUGGCCAUUAAGAAGAAGGCAAAGUGCAUCGAUCUGGACACUGAGGAAAACAUCUACCACCUAAAGGUCAAUUCCCAGGAGAUGUUUGAUGAAUGGGUUUCUAAGCUGCGGCACCAUCGACUGUACCGCCAGAAUGAGAUCGCCAUGUACCCUCACGAGAAGCCCCUCUUCUACUCCCACUUCCCCCCUGCCGUGUCUCCCAGCCUGUCCGAGAGUGCCUCCAUGAGGAAGCGCUCCACCCUGACAAAGCAGGCCUCUAUCCACAACUCAGCAGCCUUCCCUAUGACCUUCAACAGUCAGUCCAAGGUCGCUGCUUGGCUGCAGUCCUCUGACGACAUGGACAAGUGUUCCAAAGAGCUCUCAAUGUGCGAAUCCUACCUGCUGGAACUGAACCACCUGCUGAGGAGUAUGGAGGUGCUGCAUCGUACCUACUCCGCCCCGGCCAUCAACGCCCUGCAGGCAUCCACAUUUGACAGUCCCAAAAAGGAAAAGAGGCCACCCAGGAAAUGGCGUUCCAAGAACUAUGGGAAAGAUACAAAAACAACCCUCCAGGUUCCAAGCUGCAUUUCCUCUGGGUCAAUCCGACUCCAUGCCUCAAACCCAAAUCUCUCCACUGCCGAGCUGGGCAAUGACAAGAACUACCCAGAGGUCCCAGACUCACCAACAGACGUAUCCAAACUGCAGGAGGACUUCUGUCGGGUAGCUAAUGAAUUGCAUGCCACUCUGAAGUCAGCCUUCAGCUCUUUGUCCUCAGAGAGGGAAAGGUUGAAACAGGUGCUGGACCAUGAGAUGUGUCAACCCCCCUCCACUCAGAUGAUGGGGCUGAAAAAUGCUCUGACCUCGGCCAUAGCCCAAAACUCUGAGCUGAGGGAGCGUCUUUGCAAGAUUCACGCUGAGUCGCGCAUCGUAGAACCCGCUGUCGUUAUUAACCUCAGCACUGCCCCCCUGCAGAAGCAGGAUUCUACAGAUGGUUCCCGCCCACUUGUCCACCAGGCAUCCAAUGAAAGUAGAGCUUCCAUCACAGAAUCAUUGUCAGAGUUCUUUGAUGCACAGGAAGUCCUACUGUCUGCCAGUUCCUCAGAGAACGAGGCCUCUGAUGAUGACUCAUACAUCAGCGACAUCAGCGACAAUAUCUCCAUGGACAACUUCAGCAAUGAGGCGGAGUGUGACAGAUCCCACUCAGUCUAUGUGGAGAAUGGUGCCCUCCAGAGGCAGCGCAGGUCCUGUCUGCCUGCCCCAAGCCCCAGCACCAGCAGCAUCAGCCUGUGGAACAUCCUGAGGAACAACAUCGGGAAGGACCUGUCCAAAGUGGCCAUGCCCGUGCAGCUGAACGAGCCCCUCAACACCCUGCAGAGACUGUGUGAGGAGCUGGAGUACAGCGAGCUGCUGGACCGGGCCGCAAACACGCAGGACCCCUUCGAGAGGAUGGCAUACAUCGCUACGUUUGCAGUCUCGGGGUAUGCAUCCAGCUACUACAGAGCUGGCGGAAAGCCCUUCAACCCGGUCCUGGGAGAGACGUACGAGUGUGACUGCAAGGACAAGGGAUUCCGCUUCAUUGCAGAACAGGUCAGCCAUCACCCCCCUAUUUCGGCAUGUCACGCAGAGUCCAAAAACUUCAUCUUCUGGCAAGACAUGCGGUGGAAGAAUAAGUUCUGGGGCAAGUCGAUGGAGAUCGUCCCUGUGGGCACCACGCAUGUGCGUCUGCCAGGGUUUGGGGAUCACUAUGAGUGGAACAAGGUCACCUCCUGCAUCCACAACAUUUUGAGUGGCCAGCGCUGGAUCGAGCACUAUGGCGAGAUCUCCAUAAAGAACAGCAGCAGCGACAUCUGCCAGUGCAAGGUCACCUUCGUCAAGGCAAAGUAUUGGAACUCGAGUGUGAAUGAGGUGGAAGGCGUGAUCACUGACCAAAAGGGGAAGGUCAUCCACACGUUGUUUGGGAAGUGGCAUGAGGGCAUGUACUGCGGGGACCCGCCCUCUGCCUCCUGCAUCUGGAGAGCAAAUGCAAUGCCUGCAGACCACGAGCAGUACUAUGGUUUUACAAAGUUUGCCAUUGAGCUGAACGAACUAGACCCUGCAGAGAAGCCGCUGCUGCCCCCUACUGACACCCGGCUGCGACUGGACCAGAGGUUACUGGAGGAAGGCAACGUGGAGGCAGCCGAGGUGCAGAAGCAGAGGAUCGAGCAGCUCCAGAGAGAGAGGAGGAGAGUCCUUGAGGAGAACAACAUGGCCCACCAACCCCGGUUUUUCAAGAAAUCAAAGGACGACACCUGGGUAAGCAACAACACUUACUGGGACUUGAAGAUGGACCCAGGCUUCGCCAACUUGGACUGCCCUGUACUAUGGUGACCAGUGUGCUGACCCCAUGCUCCUGCAGUGAUUGGGGCUGGUUCUGAAGAUAUCUGCUGUUCCAUUCCCUGGCGGACCCAUCCACUGACACCCUUGCCCUUUGCUGCUGAAUUCUCCAUUGCUUUCCAUAGUAGCCUGUUUCAUUGCAGCUCAUCCUGUUUAAAGCCUUAAUGCAGAGUGCUUAUGGAACUGUGUAGCAUUUGUAUGCAAACAUGUGUCAAGAGAAUAUGCAAACCGGGCUCUGCUUGACAUCACUGUGCACUGAACGUAGCACAUAGAAAGAAAUGGACCGAAAUGCCAUGUUGGUACUGAGGGAGAGACAGCCCCUCAUUGGUGAACUGCUGUUCCACAUCAAACCUGCUUGUCUUCACAAGUCAAACUGUAUACUGUAUAAUUCUGUCUUAACUUCUUAGAUUUUCUACCUCUGAAGUGAAAUGGCAUAGAAACGAUGGUAACACUGAAAUAGCGUAUGUACUACAUUGCAAAGAUUCAGCACAUGUAUGUUGCCUUACCAGUUAAAUAUAUCAUGUUUUUUAAACCAUGUUUAAACCUGGUUAAAACAAUGCUUAAUGACUCUUAUUAGAAAUGUAAUAUAUGUUAAAUGUUAUAUGUAAAAUAUUUGAAUUCAUUUACAGAACAUGGAACAGAGGGAGGAACGUCAUUGAAAACUUUUGAGGAGCAUUUAUAUCUUACAUCUUCUAAAAGUCUUGUAUCAUUCCAGUUCCAAUUCCAAAAUCCAGUUUUCUGCAAACAUCAAAAAUGGACUUGGAAGUUUUGCAGAUAUAUCCCUCACCUUUAUGUUUGUCUGUAUGUGUGUUUGUGUGUGAGAGUGCUCUACACAUUUGACCUAUAUUCUGUGUAUGAUGUUAUCUAAAUAAUGACAGCCAUCCUGUUUCAGCAACAGUUCUGGCUGAUACGGUGUACAAUAUAGAUAACAUAAAUGACCUACGAGGUAUAACAAUGUAAGGGGUGACAGAGCAGCAAUUUGAAAAGUGACCCUUCCCCAUGGGGGUGU